ACAUGCAUUUCUAAAAAAAAUCUCAUGUUCUAAAACCCAAAACCCUUUUGCUCCGCCCCGGAACACCAGCCACCAUGCGCUAUCUAUUCCGUUUUGCCACCGUCUCCCGCCGCAGCCACCUUCUCUCCCGCCACUACAAGGCUGGGAAGGCACCGUCUCCGGCGACCCCUCCAAGAGCCCCAAAGAAGCCUCAGAAGUUCAGCUUCCAUGGCAUGACAUGGGAGGACCCUUACAGCUGGAUGUCGAACCUCAGCGACAAGAUAGCAAUGCGGCACAUGGACGUGUACAUGGAGCAGGAGGAGAAGUACACGGAGGCCGUCAUGGCCGACUCCGAACGCCUCCUCACCAAGCUCCACCUCGAAAUGGCCUCCCGAAUGCCCUUCGAUCUUUCCACUCCUCCAUUUCGCUGGGGUCCUUGGUUGUAUUAUCGACGCGUCGAAGAAGGAAAACCGUACCCGGUGCUUUGCAGAAGAUUGGCUAGCUUGAACGACGAUUUCAUCUCGCAUAAGUAUCCUCCAGCCGGGUUUGAUUUCGCUACGGGCAAGACAAUCGAGCAGAAGCUGGUUGACUAUAAUCAAGAAGCUGAGAGGUUUGGAGGAUAUGCUUAUGAGGAACUGUCUGAGAUUUCACCUAAUCAUCAGUAUUUUGCGUAUACUAUGUAUGAUAAAGACAAUGGCUACUUCAAGUUAUCUGUGAGAAAUUUGAAUUCGGGUUCCUUGUGUAGUAAGCCUCAGGCAGACCGAGUUUCCAACUUGGCAUGGGCCAAAGAUGGACAGGCAUUGCUUUAUGUUGUAACAGAUCAGAAAAUGAGGCCAUAUCGAAUUUACUACAGUCUUAUCGGAUCAACUGAUGAAGAUGUUUUGCUUUUGGAAGAAUCAGAUGAAAAUGUUCACAUUAAUAUAAGGCAUACAAAAGACUUCAAAUUUGUGACUGUCAAUACAUUUUCUCCCACAUCAUCAAAGGUGUUUCUAAUAAAUGCAGCUGAUCCAUUGUCUGGCUUGAAACUAGUUUGGGAGUGUGAUGCUCUAGCACACUGCAUAAUUGAACACCACCAAGGUUAUCUUUGUUUGUUUACAGAUGCUCCCAAAGGUGGACAAUCAGUUGAUUGCCAUUAUCUUCUCUGUAGUCCAUUGGAUGCUUCUUCAAAUCCAAGAAAAUGGGAGGAAGUAUUUGUUGAUGAUCCAGAUUUGACAGUUGUGGAUGUUGAUUUUAGUGAUAAAUACUUGGCACUCAUAGUUAGGGAAGGUCGAAAUUUUCAACUUUGUUCAAUUGGACUGCCGUUGCCUUUUGGGAAGGGGGGAGUUAAACUGAAGAAGCGGGACCUACAGUACUUGCCUCUUCCGAAACAUGUUUGCCAAAUCUCACCUGGACCAAAUUAUGACUUCUUCUCAUCAGUCAUGCGCUUUAUAAUAUCAUCCCCUGUGAUGCCAGAUGCUGUCGUUGAUUAUGACCUGGCAACUGGUAGGUGGAACAUCAUUCAACAGCAAAAUAUGCUUCAUGACAGAACACGGAUAUUAUAUGGCGCAAAUUCUGCAAGUAUUAGCAUGGAAUCCUCAAACUCAAAAUACUCCAGUCCUGGGAAUGCCAUGGAAGAUGACAACUUAUGGAAUGACCUGUCUGAGUUUUACGCCUGUGAAAAAUAUGAUGUCCCUUCUUUUGAUGGGGCACUGAUUCCUUUGACUAUUGUAUUUGCACGUAAUAAUAAACCAGGGGAUAAAAAUCCUGGGGUAUUGCAUGGGCAUGGAGCUUAUGGUGAGUUACUUGACAAAAGGUGGCGCAGUGAAUUAAAAAGCCUCCUGGAUCGUGGUUGGGUCAUUGCCUAUGCUGAUGUUAGAGGAGGAGGUGGAUAUGGUAAGAAAUGGCAUCAUGAUGGGAGAGGUACAAAGAAACAUAAUUCAAUCAAUGAUUAUAUCUCUUGUGCCAAGUUCCUCAUUGAAAAAGGUAUUGUGCAUGAAAACAAUUUGGCUGGUUGGGGAUAUAGUGCUGGAGGGCUUUUGGUUGCUUCAGCCAUCAACCGUUUUCCAGAUAUAUUUCGUGCUGCAGUCUUGAAGGUUCCUUUUUUAGAUCCGACCAACACUCUUCUGUAUCCCAUCCUGCCACUUGUAGCUGUUGAUUAUGAAGAGUUUGGCUUCCCUGGGGACCUAGAUGAUUUUCUUGCAAUUCGAGAUUAUUCUCCAUAUGACAAUAUCCAAAAGGAUAUUCUUUAUCCAGCUGUAUUAGUAUCCUCUUCUUUCAACACACGAUUUGGGGUGUGGGAAGCAGCAAAAUGGGUAGCAAGAGUUCGUGAUCUUUCAAUUUAUGACCCAAAACGGCCAAUAUUGCUGAAUUUGACCACAGAUAUAGUGGAGGAAAACCGUUAUUUGCAGUCCAAGGAAUCAGCAUUAGAGGUGGCCUUUCUCAUUAAGAUGAUGGAAUCUUAGAUAUGCCAACUGAUCAUUCACUCGCCGUGAGAUGUUUCCCUAUGGCUAUCUGCUGUACAAAAGUUAAGAUUGUGCUUUGGAUGAACCAAUAUUCAGUCAGGCGCUUCACUUGGGAAAUACUUGCCUUCAGAAAUUCUUUUUCAAUUGGUUCCUGGCUUGUACCCCCCAGAAUUGACAAGAGCCUUUGGUUUAUCAAUGCAUGGAUAGAGCCUUAGUUGCUUUCGAUGUGAUAUUUUCUUUAUCAUUAUUUAGGUCAAAUGUUGUAUAAUUUAGACGUUUGUAGUUUUUUUUUUGAAACAUGACGUUUGCAGUUAUUGAUUGGUAAUGGUAUGUUAUCCAGGUAUAUAUUCUAAAUGAUACAUUAUACUACAGAGUGGAGGAUGGUGAAUCUGUCGAUGGGAUGGGACACUGCCUGAUUGUGAU